AUGGUGUUCACCUCACCCUACCCCUCCAUACCCUUGCCAACAAAGCCGAUGCACAAAUGGGUCUUUGAAAAUCUCCGGAAGUUCGAAGAAGAACGGCCAAAUCAGCCAGUUUUCAUCGACGCCAACACGGGAGAACAGACUUUUGGCCAGCAAUUGUACGAAAGAACUUGUUCUUUGGCCAAUUUUCUGCAUAAAAAUGGCUUCGGACAGGGCGAUUUCAUAAUGGCGGCGUUGGAGAAUCGUUGGGAAUACAUGUGCAGCACUCUGGCGGCAUGCUCGUUGGGCGGGACCGUCAGUGGGGCCAAUCCGGUUUACACGGAGCGUAAGUAUUCUGGAAAGCUGUUUUUGGCAAAAAAUUAUUACAUUGGCAGCACCGUAUUUUACAAAAAAAGAACUUUUCGAAAUUUGCGAACUAAACUCAGACAACUGAAUUUCAAUGAAACUACAAGCUUAGAGUGGAAGAACCUCAUAAAAACAAAUUCUCAUAGAACAAAAUCUGACAAUAACGGACAGUUUCAGAGGUCGACAGAGCUAAUUUUAGGGCAGUACGAAGCAACGACACCCUUCUACAGUGAGGGACGUGAUCCAAUGGCAAAAAAGGCCUCAUUUUGCAACCCGGAAGGUACCACAAUGACUCCAAACCCUUCCCUUCUCUAAGCUAAAAAACUCCGCUUUGAAAAGCGCGCCCUUUCUUUCAAGGCGGGCUCUUCAAAGCGGGGUUCUUUAGCUUAGAGAAACGGAGGGUUUGGAGACAUUUUGGUUCCUUCCGGGAUGCAAAAUGAGACGUUUUUUGCCAUUGGAUCCGGUUCCUCACUGUAUAAGAAAUAAUUUCUUUGAGCUAUUUUUUUUGUACAGCGUAUUCCACUGUAAACCCGUGAGUUUGACCGAGAAAAAAAUGCUGCUUAUAAGGCCCUACAGAAACCGUGAUUUGAAUUCAAAAAGGAUGACUUUUCCCAAUAGUUUUUUUUUAAUAAAAUACGUCUUCUCUAAAGCCGAUCACAAAACUUUCAAACCCGCCUUUGCAGACGAACUCCUCCAUCAAACCCGUCUUUGUGCCGCGAAAAUUGUCAUCGUCCAAGCCUAUGCCCUUCCAAAGAUCCUCAGCUUUCUCCAUGAAGUUCCUCAUGUCAAGGUGGGUUAAUUCUCACAUUCAGUUCAUAAAAUCUCUUGAAUUUUUAGUUCAUCUUCACAGUUGGAUUGGAAGACUCUGUCGAGAACCCAAAGAUCAAAAUCAUCCGGUUUGAAGAUAUUAUGAAGAUUAAAGCGAGUUAUUUGCCGAACGUUGAAAUUGAUGUCAAAAAGGAUAUUUACUCGCUACCAGCGUCAAGUGGAACAACUGGCCUGAGGAAAGGCGUCAUCGUGACGCAUUUUACAAAUGCUUUCGCUACAGAAAGCUGUCUUAGGUAGCUCUUUUGAAUUUUUUUGAUUUGCGUAUAAUAUAAUAUUAUAGUAUGUCCUUACGCUAGGUUUGAAAGUCAUGUUUUAUGUCAAAAUUUCAGCUUUUACACCGACCGAGUGGCCAAGAAAAUCGAUAAAAACUGGAAUUGGCGGGACGAAAAGUUUCUGAUUGCGUUGCCAUUGGGCUUUGGAUAUGGUCAACUGAUAACUUGCGUCGCAAUGAUGUCCGGAGCCACCGCUGUCUUUAAUCGAACCGCUAAAAUUGAAGAUGUUGCAGCAGCUAUCGAUAAAUAUCAAGUAAGAAAAAAAAAUGAAUGAUUUCUCUGACCGACUCUCCUCUUUUCACUACUCUCUCGUUAACAAAAUUCCUUUAUUGUAAGACCCUAAACUCAUCAAUUUUUAGAUAAAAACCUACUUCCUCUCACCAAUGUUGCUCCUUGAUCUCAUCCAUUGGAAGAAAACGCAUCCAGAAAGCCUCAAGAGUCUAAGAAUGGUCAUAGCCGGAGGUGGCCCAAUUAAAGAUAAAGUCGCCGCUGAAAUCAGAAAAUAUCUGGGCUAUGUAACAAUGGUUGGGCAAUGUUACGGGAUGACUGAAUGCAUGUUGAUUGCUUGUCAUGAUUUGAUGAGUCCUAAUCCAGUAACUGCUACAGGAAGAAUUGUGCCGAACACUGAAGUUAGAGUAGGUUUUUAUGGACUUUUUUUGCAAGAUGACUUGGCUUUGUUUUUUCUGCCGAAUAGCUAUAUUCACAAGGUGUAGCUGGGCAACAUAGAGCUCCUUGUUAACCGUGGGGUUAUUUUCAAGCAUUUCCCGAUGCAUUUUUUGUCCUCGAUGAAAAACUAAAAAAGUGUCGGUAACGCAAAUUUUUGCCUCUUGGAUGGUUCACUUUUGAGCCUGAAAAAUAAUAAAAAAUUAAAUUUUCAAAAAAAUUAAAAGCACAGUUUUGUAGAGGAGAAAAAGCUGUACCAAGUGAAUAUAUUCACAUUACCAAACAAUGAACAAAUUCUUGUAAAACAAAAGAAUAAAAAAACGACGGAACUUUCUGAGCAACCCAUUACAAUAACUCCCGAUUAGAAAAACUUAUUCUAAUCGUUCAUUUUUAAGGUCUGGGAUCCAGAAGCCAAACGAGAGCUUGGAGUCAACGAAAUUGGAGAGGUUCAAGUCCGUCUACCCUCCUGCACCCCUGGUUAUCUAAACAAUCCGAAAGCCAAUGCCGAACUUUACACCGCCGACGGUUGGAUGGACACUGGAGAUAUUGGAUACGUUGAUGAGGAUUCUUUUGUCUUUCUGGUGGAUCGCAAAAAGGAGAUGAUAAAGGUAUCAGGACGUCAAGUGUCACCGGCUGAGCUGGAAGAUCUGCUAAUGGGACACCCGAAAGUUAAGGAUUGCGUGGUGGUGGGAUUGCCGGAUGAGGAGACAGAUGAGAGGAUCACUGGGUUUGUGGUGAAAGCGGAUGAGAGUUUGACGGAGGAGGAGUGCUUGAUGGCGGUGAAUUGUAAGUUCCUUGAGAUUUCAGGAAAGGAAAAAAACGUCUGUUGUAUGUCGUAUAUAGCUGAGACUCGGUAACUGGAGAUUUUUUUUGUCUGGGCAUUCGUUUUUUCAAGCAAGACCCACAGAAAGUUCAGGCUAUUUAGGAAAAAUGUAAUUGUAGCCUCAAUUUUAUUCAAAUUUUCAGCCGAAGUCAGCGGAUUCAAGAAGAUUGUUGGCGGCAUCCAUUUUAUGGACAUUAUUCCUCGAAACCCCAAUGGAAAAGUUUUGAGGCGGAAGAUUAAGGAAAUGUAUGCUGACAAACUGAACAACAACUUGGUGAAAUAA